AUGAUGGGACAAUUUCAUACUUUAUAUACACAACAACAAAAAAAUAAUUUUGAUAAUAUUAAUAAUAGUAAUAAUAAUAAUAAUAAUAACAAUAAAAAUAAUAGUAAUAUUUAUUAUGAUCCUAUAACAUCACAAAAAAAUUCACCAUUAAUUUCAAAUCAUCAACAACAUACAAAUUCAAAAUUAAAUAAUAAUAAUAAUAAUAAUAAUAAUAAUAAUAACAAUAACUCAUCAAAUCUUUUAGAUAUUAUUUUAGAUAAUAAUAAAAAUAAAUUUAAAAAAUUAGAUAGUAUUGAUAAUAUAGAAAUCAUAGAUAAUAGUAAUAAUAUAAAAAAUAACAAACCAUCAUCUUCAUCAAUUAUAAAUUUAACAGAUAUUAAUAAUAUAAAUAAUAAUAAUAAUAAUAUUAAUAAAAAAAAUAAUUUUAAACCUUUAGAGUUAAACUUUAAUUCAAGUGAUACAAUCGAGAAAAACACAGAAAAUACUUUAAAAGGUUUUAAUAUACCAUUUAAACAACAACAACAAGAGGAUAAAGAUUUAAUUAUAAAUAACAAUAUAAUUAAUAAUAGUUCAAGUGUAAACACAACUCCGUCACCCUCAUCUACCUCCCCUUCCCAUAGUUCAUCACCACCCACAAUAACAAAUAAUAACAAUAAGUCACAACAACAAACCGUAAGCAAUACUCCAGAUAAAUAUAUAAUACCAAUGAGUACAACAAGAGUUUGUGAAUUUUGUGGAUCAAGUUCAACACCAACAUGGAGAAGAGGUCCAUCUGGCAAAGGUUCUUUAUGUAAUGCCUGUGGUAUCAAAUGGAGAUUAAAAGGUAAAGAUGGUGUAUUUAAACCAAGUCAAAAACAACAAACACGUCAAAAACCAGCUGCAUCACAACCAAAACAACCAAAACAACAGCAACAACAAAUUACUCCACAACAACAACAACAACAACAACAACAACAACAACAACCAUCUUUAAUUUUAAACCAACAAACAAUAAACCAACACUUACAAAUGCUAAAUAAGCAACAUCAACAACAAGCAAGCCAAUCAAUGUUCCAACAACUUCAACAACAAUUACAAAAUAAUCCUCAACAACCACAACAAUCCCAACAAUUCCCACAAGAUGUUCAACAAUCAAACUUAGAGACCCUUCCAUCCCAAUAUGGUGGCUAUUCCUCAUCAUCAUCCCCACAACAACAAACUACAAAUUUAUAUGCCUCAGACGAUAACUCAUCAGUUCCUAACCAAUCACCAGAUUCACAUAAACCUGGCUCAAAGAAAAGAAAACCAGAAUUUAUCCAUACCGACCCUUCUGGUAAUCCAAUCGAAUUUGAAAAAGGUUACUAUUGUAAAUAUUGUAAAAAAACAUGGCCACAAUCAUCAUUUAGAAACAGCCAACAAUUUGGUGCUCAUUGUAGUAACUGUUCAAGAAAACCAAAAGGUGAAUUAGAAGAACUUAUGUCUCUUAAAAAGAAAUUAUCAAAAAAGAAAUCAAAAGAUGGCAGUUACUUUUAUGAAGAAGAUGGAGCUGUUCCAUAUUGGGACAUGAAUCGUCAAAACAUUGGUAAUGCUUCAAACACCCUUCCAAACAUUAGUAAUUUAACAACUCAACAACCACAACAAAUGCAACAACCACAACAAAAUAACAGACCUUUCUCUAAAAUUGAUAAAAAUAUCCAAAAUGCUCCAUUACUCCAAAGAUUAAUUCACGUUGUCGAAAAUCAACUUUUGGAACCAAAUGAAUUAAACUCUAUAAGAGAAGAUAUCGAUACAAUGAAAAAUGAUUUAUUAAUUAGAAAGAAAAGAAGAAUUUCACAAUUAAAUGAUAUUAAACAAAAGUCAACACAAGAUUUCCAACUUUUAAAAGGAAAUAUCGAAAGGGGUAUUAAAACUAGGGAUAACGAUAACAGAACAUUUAUUAACGACUUAAGAAGCGAAAUCGACAGAAAAAUUAGCCAAUAUGAAUGUAUUUAUAGUGACUCCACCCAUACUGUACCAUCAGCAUCGUCUGGUUCAUAUAAUAACCUUCUUCCAUCAUCUUCAUCCUUUUCCUCGUCAAACUAUAUAAACAUUGUAAAUAAUAAUUCCAACAACUCAUACAGCAAAAAUAUUCCAUUAAGCCCAGAAUUAAUCCAUUUCCCACAACAAAACGUAAAGAAAGGUUUUUAUAGAGAUGAACAAGGAAAAUUUACAAUCGAUGACUCUAUUGCAUUAUCUCCAAUUUCCCAAAAAUCAAAUUUCGAUUCAAGUACCGAUAACAGUUUAUUAACCUCCUAA